GCUGGGUCACGAGUGCAUCGCGCCAGUAAAUUCAUAUUUUAAACCCUGUUUCUCUGAAUUAAAUUAAGGAUUGUCAGUGUGCUGAAUUAAAUUACAGAAUGAUAACAGCAGUCAAUGAAUUCCUCGACGACCUUCGCUCCGGAAAAAUGACGGAAGCGCCAAUAGUAAGGGUGGAACAUGGAGAGCUGCAAGGGCAGGUCGUGACCAGCCCGUCAGGGAAGUCAUUCUACAGCUUCCAGGGUAUACCUUACGCAAAACCGCCACUUGGAUCACUUAGAUUUAAGGACCCACAACCGUUGGAGCCGUGGGAGGGUGUUCGUGAUGCCACAACAGAAGGCAAUGUCAGUGCACAAGUAGAUCCUGUUACAAAAGAGUAUGUUGGUGAUGAGAAUUGCCUUUUCCUAAACGUUUAUACUACCAACUUAGACGGCGCGUUCCUCCCAGUAAUGCUGUACAUACAUGGAGGCGGUUUUAAAUUCGGCUCAGGAAACUCAAACUUAUAUGGAGGUGAUUAUCUAGUCGAGAAAGAUGUUGUAGUUGUUACUAUAAACUACAGAUGCGGCCCAUUCGGCUUCUUAUGCCUUAACACUCCUGAAGUACCCGGAAACGCCGGUCUUAAAGAUAUGGUGCAUGCUAUUCGAUGGGUUAAGGAAAAUAUCCAAAAUUUCGGAGGAAAUCCAGGUAACUUGACACUAUUUGGAGAAAGUUCUGGUGGUGUAGCUACUUCAUUAUUAACUGCUAGUCCUUUAACUAAAAAUUUGAUUAGUAAAGCAAUCAUUCAAUCGGGAACAGCACUCAACAGCUGGGGUUAUCAAAAGAAUCCAAUAGAAAACGCUAAGAACUUAGCGCAAAUCCUGGGUUCCGAUGCAGAAAAUGUUGACGAACUAUUAGACUUUUUAACAGCUUGCUCAGUAAAAGACAUUGCGGAGGCUGGUGAAAAAUUAUCUCCACUAGAAUUGUUUUACAAGAAAGGAAUUAACGUUUUCAGUGCUGUUAUAGAAAAAGAGUUCCCUAAUACCGAAGCAGUUUUAACAGAAGCCUUUAUUGAUAUUUUAACAUCUGGCAGAGUAGCUGAAAUUCCUAUAAUGAUUGGUAGUACAGCUCUGGAGUUUACUUUUGAUAAUGCAAAUGAUGAUUUACAAAUAUUUAUACCUGAAGACUUAAAUAUUGAAAAAAAUACAGAGGAAGCAGUGAAAAUUGCGGAUGAACUUAAACAAUUGUACUUCAAAGACAAGGAUAUUGGAGUGGAAAGUUUGAAAGAAUAUUUCGAAUUAUUAUCGGAUAAACUAGUCAACGUAGACACACAUAGAUAUGUACAGUACUUAGUAAACGCUACAAAUAAACCAAUUUACUAUUACAAGUUUGAUUAUGUAGGAGAAUUGAAUAUUACCAAAAAUAUAACAUCAACAUUAGGUUUAAAUCAUGCCAGACAUAUGGAUGAACUGGGAUACUUAUUUAAAAAUGACCUCCAGAAUGAAGCAGUGCCAACUCCUGAAGAUGAGAAGAUGAGAGAAAGGAUGUUGAGCUUAUGGACAAACUUCGCAAAAUCUGGGAACCCAACGCCUGAGGAGAACCAUUUGUUAUCUGUAACCUGGCUACCAGUAACUAAAGAUAACCUGUAUUAUCUCAACUUAGGUACAGAAUUGUCUCUUGAUACAAACCUUAAUAAAGAUAAAAUGGACUUUUGGGAUGACCUUUACAGUAAAUAUUAUCGUAUAUGGGAUCACCCGAAAACAAACACGGAAGAAGUAGAACGGACAGAGAGAAAUCUAAUUGAGGCUCCAGCUGCGAUCUCCGAGGCAGUUACCGAUGUAGCAGAGGACCAAGCAUCCGACCCUGAAGUACCCCCUCAAGUAAAUGUAGAUGAGGGGCCUAGAGAAAUAAAUAUAGUUGACCAAAAUGCUACUGAGCUUAUUCAAGAAACAAUUGUAGAAACAGCUGCAAUUCCUGAACAAGAAAUAUUAACUAAUGCACCUGAUGUAGAAGAGAAUCAAGUUCAAAUCAAUGGAAACGUUCAAAGUAAUGGUUACGCGAGGAAUCCUAGACCAUCAAAUGAAAUUAAAAUGGUCCAACAACCUAACGGAGUACCCAAAGAUGUUAUUAGAGCUAACGACCCGCCAGAGGAUGACCUACCUAAAAAUAUAGGUGUCAAUAAAUUCGUAAACUUUUUCGAAGCUUUGGGCGGGAAAAAGUGAAUCGGCCAUUUUCUUUUUAGGAAUAUGAAUUUUAUUUUAUUUAUUUUAGGUAUAAUUUGGAACAUUCCAUUGAAAUCAUAUUCUAUUUUAAUGAAUUAAAUAAUAGUUUUAUUUGUAAUGAAUUGUAAAAUAUUAGCAAUGUAGAAAUUUUAGUCGGCAGUGCCUUACAAUUGAGGGAGUUCAUGUGCAAUACGUGAACUAAAUCUAUAUUGAGAUAAAGUACCAUAAAUAUUUUAUUUUUAUUUUCAAUAUAAUGUUAAAUGAUAUAUUAAACAACAAUCAUAAUUGUAACUAAAUACAAUAUGCAAAUAAUUUGAACAAAAUUCUAUUACCACGUGAUACCUGUGUCGUUAAAAAAUUACACACAAACUCAGACGAAUAAAUAAUUUUUAGGCUUCUGUUCAUAUUAUUUACGGCAUUAAAUGUAUAUUAAAAAAAUCAAGAUGAAUAUUUAUUUUUUAUUCGCUACUUCUACAAGGUAGAGUAGCAAACUAAGCAAUGUCUUUGAGUCUACCUGUAUAAAAAUUAACACAUACCAAUUAAAGAUUAUUAUUAUAAUGUAUGUAUAUGUUAUGAUGGUUAUAACACACGAGGCGGAAUUUCAACCGGAGCCAAAGGCGAGGGCGUAAUAGAGCCGAGUGUGUUAAAUAUGCCUAUAUUGUACGACGUUUUUCAACACACUUGCGAGGAAACUAAAAAAUCGUGAUAUUAUAUUUUGUUCAUUUUAGCAAUUUCCUGCCUUUUUUACUUUUUUUUAAUCUAAGCGCUUGCUAGCGCCGCUCAGCGGCCAGUUUGAAAUUUGAAAAAUAGCAAAUAGUGCUGUUAUGGAAUAUAACUUCACCAUUUGCGUUUAUAGUGCAUGCGUCUUUUAUGGGCUGCGUUAUAUAUAAAAAACCGGAGAAAUUAGAUGCACUUUACGAGUGUGUUGAAUAAUAAAUAAUUAUACUGUUACGGAUGUCAGUACUUAAGGCGACAUUAACUACUAGGUGUGACGGCAAAUUCAUGCGUGUAUGCACUUAUAGAUACUGACAAUAAAUGUAACAUCUGUAUAAAGAAUUCUAUUACAUAUUUCAAUAAAAUAGAUAACCUGUAGAAAAAUAAACAAAAAAAAUUUGGGGCGUAUUUUUCUGAACUUUCUUUAAUGUAUAUGUUGACCCAUAUUUAACAAUAUUCUGUAGAAAAUGUAAUAUCUUAUCUCUGGUAAAAAAUUUUAUUUUUUAAUCUGUCAGUCUAGCUACGACAAGAGGGCGGGGGGUAAAAUUACUGAAACAACUAGCAUGAUGUUAGUUAUGAAUGGCUCAUUACAAUCUCCUUGUAUUCUGCAAUAUCGGUAAAAAUAUGUAAUAAAUAUGUUUUAUUUUAAGGUUUUUAAUUGUAUAAUGAAACAAUACAAAACUUUGUUAAUAAAAACCGUAACAAUUUAAUCUUUGUGAUAUAGCUGUUUAGAUGCUUUGUCCUUUACUUGAUAUUGCAACUGUUUUGUCUUAAAAGUAAAGUUACAAUAAUUUAAACUGUCUGUAGUUUAUUUUUGAGGUUAAAAAAUAUAUAUAUAGUUGUAUAAAAUAACUUUUUUGACAUAUAUAAUAUUUUUCAAUACUUUUCGUUUAUUAUUGUAUAUACUUU